AUGAUAAGCGAAGAACAAUCAUCGCCAUCUUCGUCUUCUUCUUCAUUGAAAGACAAGCUCUUCAAAUCCUCCAUGUGCCUCUCCGGCUGUUUCUCAACUACCGUUCACCACGAAGUCCUCGAAAACGAAGAAAAGAUUCGAACUCCUAAGUCGUCGUCGCCAUCGUCGUCGUACUCGUCUUGGCUGAAAUCGACGGCUCACGACCUACCUGAGAUCCGAGACCGGUGCCGGAAUCUGAUAUCGCGGAUCGGGAAGGGCAGGAGACACUACAAUUCCGGCGAGUUCAGCUACGAUCCGUCGAGCUAUGCUCUCAAUUUCGAAGACGAAAGCCGAUACAACGACGAGUUCCCUCUCAGAGACUUCUCUUCUAGGCUACCGGCGUCGCCGUCGCCGCCGUAUGCAACCGGUUCGGCCGCCGUGCGGAGGGAGAUCGUUGGAUUUAGCUGA